CAUAAUGCAGCCACAUUCAACCAAUGGUCUGCAGAUCAAACAGUUGGUGCAGAUUUAAUUCUGGUAUUUUUUUUUGACUCACUUCCGCGAGCGAGUUCAGGAAACAGCUGCAGCGACUCAUUCAAGCUGUUGAAAAUGGCGAGCACAUCGGCUUCGGACGACAUGGAGGGGAACGAGUUGCUGCUGCUGCUCGAUGAAUACUGCUGCAUGAGGUCAGAGCAGAGGUCCGACUGGGGAAAGAUCAUCACCUGCAGCAGUCGCAGCAUGGGUGCACCAAAACAACAAGGAGGACAGAAGUCCGACUGGAAAAGGAUCUUCACCUGCAGCAGUCGCAGCAUGGGUUUACCAAAACAACAAGGAGGACGGAAGUCAGACUGGGGAAGGAUUGAGUUCGACAGCGCUUGUCACAUGGGCAUAGAAACAGAUAAAGUAGUAUUCCAGUCAGCAGGUGGGACAGAUAAAUCUUCAGACACGACUCGGACGGAAGUGGCAGGCCGGCUCGUGGAGAUCGCUGACUCAGCGCCGAUCCCCGACAUGCAUGUUGAAGACCAAGACGAAAUCGUUCAGAGACUGGUGACGUUGCUGAAAUCAUCUGGAGAUAACAUCAAUGACAAGAUCAAGCAGACCCCGUUCCUCCAGCAGCAGCUCAGCUCCAUGAGCUACGACACGUUUGCCAAGUUGACCUCCAGCGUGCAGAGCCUGGUCAGACCGGAGGGCCGGGCGGCGGCAACGACGGCGGCAGCAUCUGAUAGGAGGAUCCAGCAGCAGAAGAUCGCCUUGGCCUUCGAGGUGACCAGCACGCUGUCGGCCAUGGAGAUCAUCCCAAGGAGGAGAGUGCUGAGCUUUGCAGACCAAUACAUCCAACAGCACCACCAGGCCUGGCUGCAGCAGCACGGAGGCUGGACGGAAGCGUUUGAAAACGUCGACUGAGCUGAACAGAUCUGCGACUGAGAGGAAGAAAACCUGCGAGGACACGAAGAUCACGAUGCUG